AUGGGUUUCACACCUGAAGAAGAGCAAGCUCAAACUUCCUGCUACGAUGUGGUUAAAAUGUCAAGCACCAACCGUGAUAGACCCCUCUCUAUCAUUCUGUGCGGCUCCUAUCCUCACGCAGCUCAGGACAUCUGGACGAGUAUGACAUCUGACGGCGUCUGCUUUGUACACUUCGAGUUUUACAACGGAGUUAUGAGCACCAUCCAAUGUCAGCGUCUUGUUUCCGUUUUGCGGGAGGUUGAAAAUAAUGAUUUUUGCAAGGUAAUGGUUCUGAUGGGUGGCCGAGACGUGUUCAGCAAUGGUAUCCACCUUAAUGUUAUCGAAGCAGCAGAUGACCCAGUACAGGAAUCAUGGAAGAACAUCAAUGCUAUUAACGAUGUCGUGCGUUGUAUCUUCUCCAGCAGAAAGAUCACGAUCUCCGCAUUACGUGGAAACGCUGGAGCCGGUGGGGCCAUGUUGGCUUUGGCCAGCGACUUCGCCUUUGCACGUGAUGGGGUGGUGCUGAAUCCUCACUAUAAGCUAAUGAGGCUUUAUGGUUCAGAAUAUCACACAUAUUUUCUGCCAAAGCGUGUGGGCCAAGAAAAGGCGGAUGAGUUGUUGUCCAGUGCCAAACCCAUCCUGGCCUCUGAUGCCGCUGAAAUUGGUUUUUUGGACGGAAGUGUUGGAGACAGCGUAGAGGAGUUUGAAAUCUGGAUUAAGGAGCAAGCAUCGUACCUUGCCCGCACCCCUUUGCAGUCGUACAUUGUCCGAGAAAAGAACAAAAAGGCACAGCGCCAAGUCAUGGAGAACAUCGAAGAAUGUCGCUCAAAUGAGCUCUCAAUCAUGGCGAGAAACUUUCAAGAUCCCGAGUAUCAUCAAGCCAGAAAAAACUUUGUUUAUCACUAA